AUGGCCCCUCCAAAGGUCUUCUCUAUCGAGGGCAAAGGCCUCAAGCUCGAUUCCGCUGAGGAUAUCGAGUCUCACAUCAAGCCUCUUCUCGAAGCUACCGACUACACUGAGAUCCGCUUCGGAGGAAACACUCUGGGUGUUCCUGCUUGCGAGCGUCUCGCCGCUGUGCUUUCUACGCAAAAGAGCCUCGAAGUGGCUGAACUUGCCGACAUCUUCACCUCUCGUCUGCUGAGCGAGAUUCCCGACGCUCUGACCUUCCUCCUUAAUGCCCUUCUCGAAAUCACCACCCUCCACACCGUCAACCUCUCCGAUAAUGCCUUCGGCGCCAACACCCAGAAGCCCCUCGUCGACUUCCUUGCUCGCCACACCCCGCUCCGCCACCUGAUCCUUAACAACAACGGCAUGGGCCCCGAGGCUGGUUCGAACAUCGCGAAGGCGCUUACUGAGCUGGCUCAGCGCAAGGAGGAGGCCCGUAAGGAGGGCAAGGAGGUGCCUCUUCUCGAGAGCAUCGUCUGCGGUCGCAAUCGCUUGGAGAACGGCAGUAUGGCGGCUUGGGCACGUGCCUACGAGGUACACGCUGCCGGCAUGCGCUCCGUCAAGAUGACACAGAACGGUAUCCGUCAGGAGGGUAUCUCGAUGCUGCUGAAGGAGGGUCUUCGUCACUGCUUUGCUCUGGAGGUUCUCGACCUACAGGACAACACUUUCACCAUCAUGGGCUCCACCGCUCUGGCUGGUGUGGUGUCCAGCUGGCCCUCUCUCCGUGAGCUCGGUGUCAGUGACUGCUUGCUGUCCGGCCGUGGUGGCGUCAAGGUCGCUCAGGCCCUGGCUGAGGCCAAGAACCAGAAGGUCCAGACCCUGCGUCUUCAGUACAAUGAGAUCACCGCCGAGGGUGUCAAGCAGUUCCUGCACGCCACCAAGACUGCUCUUCCUGCCCUGCGUCGUAUUGAGCUGAACGGUAACAUCUUCAACGAGGAUGACAACAACGUGACGGAACUGCGCGAGAUCCUGGAGGCCCGUCAGGAGGAGCACGGCCAGGACGAUGACCCGGAGGACAUGUGGGGUGUCGACGAGCUGGACGAACUUGAGGAGGAGGAGAGCGAGGAAGAGGAGGAGGAAGAGGAGGAGGAAGAGGAAGAGAAGGCCGAGAAGCUUGUCAAGGACGACGAGGCGGCCGAGAACGAAAAGGUUUCCCAGAAGAAGGACGAUGAUGUCGACAAGCUUGCCGACGUGUUGGGCAAGACCGGUCUGUAG